AUGCCAACGGCGCCGCCAGCAGGCGUCAACGACGUCAUUCGAGCGACGCGUCGGGGAUCCUUGCCGUCUCGACUCGGGCGCAUCUGCGAGGCGAUCGGGAUGGAGCCGGGCCCCAGCCUCCCCGACACGGCUCGCGGCGCCGCUGCGGCGCUCGGCAUCACCCUGGUUGACCGAGGGGACUGGGGUGGAUUUGCCUAA